AUGUGGCAGAAUUGGCUGGCCCUCAUUUGGGUCCAAGCGGCGGAAGGAUGGCUAGGCACCUGUUUCGUGGAUAUGCCUCACAUGGCACACUGCUGCGAUCAACCAAAACGUUGCUUUGGCCAAGGCAAAGAUGUUCCAAACCAGACUGCUGAGGAGUGCUGCGGUCUGAACUUUCAAACACUAUUGAUUAAUUCAGUGGCCAAAGAGUUGCGUGCAACAGAAGACUUGGAUACUUUGCGACAGAUCUAUGCUGUCUUGCAGGCGUUUUUACACUUCGUCAAUCACGGACAUAUAUAUGCUUGGGAGUUGAUUGCUCAGACAGCCGGAAAAGUUGCUCUUGCUGCAUACAAUGAUUUUGCUUCAAUGGCCAACGAACUUGGUGAAGACAUGUUCAAGAGCCAAAAAUUGCUUGUCAUGAGGGAGAUCAACCAUGCGGCGCACUUGCUUGAGAACUUCUUUCAAGCUGCUUGGUACCAUCACGCCCAGGAGACCGGUCGAUCUGCCAUCGAAACCGACAUCACUGAAGUCCGCCCAAAGUUUCAAAAUGCAUUACAGAUCUACAAAGUGGUCCAGGAGGCAGGGAGCAACCUCAUUUACGACCAGGCUGAGGCCCAUGACCCUAGAACUUUUGCCCCUCGUCAUUUGGCCAAGUCUCCGGAAAUCGUAUUGGUGGUGAAUGUCGUGGGUUCUUGGGCAUCAGUGGGCAUCGUAACCUUUUGGAGUAUUUUGCGACACCGAAGUACUCCAUUGCGGGUCUUCGUUCUUGGUGACCAACAGGGCAUUCGAGAAUGGCGUUUGUUGAUAAAGGAGGUGAAAGUUGCGGUGCCGCACUUUGUCCAUAAGCUGCGCUUCCAUUAUGUGGAUAUCUUCCAGCACCCUCGCAUGACCGCAUACUUUGCGCGACUUCCAUCCGAGUGUGCGAGCACGAACAUGAGCAAAGCCCUGUAUGCUCGUAUGCUGUGCCACGAGAUUCUGCCAGAGGACGUCGAUCGAGCCAUUGCGCUAGAUCUUGGAGAUAUCAUCGUUUUUAGGGACAUCCUGGACUUGUGGAACCAGGGUGACUUGCUGGAAGCUGAUGAGCUCUUGGCUGCAGCGUCGCACCGCUCUGCGGAGGAAGCGAUGCGUCAAACCAAGCCUUCGAUGCUCAACGGUGGCGUGGUGCUCUAUGAGGUCCGUCGCAUGCGUAGCUCAAACUAUACCGAAGACACGCUCAAAGCUGCAGCUUUGGGCUUGGACAAGGGCUAUCAGCAUUUCUGCAUCUGGGACCAGGAUAUUAUCAAUGCCUUGCGGCAAGAUGUGUGGGGCAUGGCAGGCGUCCGAGUGCUUCCAUGUCGUUGGUCCAUUUUCCCAAUGGCGAAUUGGCAGUUCUUCUGGAACGCUCCCAACUUUUGGCUCCCUGAGCUGAGGCAGAUGCGCCGCUACCCUGGCAUCUUGGCAUGGGACCACGUCGAACACUUUUGCCCCAACCCCAUCCUCAUGUUGCACACGGUCUUCGCCUUUGGGUCCUUUAAAGAUCGGAAGCUGGCACGCAAUGUGGCCAUGGUCCAAGGGAUUCGGAAUGAACAGCCGGGCUCAGUGAUCCAGGCGCCUGAUGGGAGCGGGUUCUGCAGCUGUCGAGAAGAAGCAUCCUUGCUCCAUGUGCCUUCAACCAUGAAGCUGUGGCCCGAGGCGCAGAAACUCUUUCGAUUUCAUCGCCCAAGCUUUCUACCAGAGGUGGAUCAGGCAGCCCUCUUCCAAUCUCGAAGCGAGCAAGGUGAGGAAGUCGGAGGUGGCUUUUGGGGCUCUGAGGGAAGCAAGGAUUUGGAGGUGAUGAGGCAAGGCACUCUCCAGUGGGCAAUGAAUAGUGGUGCAUCAGUCGUGUCGGGGAACUGCGCCACAAUGCCCACCUCUUUGGGGCAUUAUGCGGAUGUGGAACUUCCAGCGAUGGGCUCGAACUUGCUUUUGAAGGCUGAGACGAAUGCCGACGUGGAUGCCCACUUGUUUAUCGGAAAGAUUGUGCCAAUUCUGGAUGGCAUUUUCGCCGUAGGCUUGGAGUUGGCGGUGGAUGCCUUCAACAAGACCCGCACCUUGCUCCGCUGGGGCAUUCAAGGCGAAACGCUGGGCGUCCACGAGGGGCCGAUUCUGGAACCUCCCACGUCCAAGUUCUGGGUCCUCGUCAGUGGCGGACAAGUAAUGGUUGGUCGUGGCCAUGACUACAACUUGAGCUCCAGUGUGUUUAUCGAUGUGGAGCUGGCGCUCCAUGGUGAUUUUGACCUCGCUCGUGGAAAGAUUUAUGCGGAGAGAUACGACUCCGCUGGGCCAGAGGUUCAAAAGCCGAAGGAGCUUCAGCCAACGCAAGAGCUCGAGAAGGUGGAGCACAAGAAUGUGCAGCCACCAUCCCAGGCCUUUCUUCGGCAUAGCUGCAUACUGAGCUUUGGGUAUCCUAGGCAGAUUGUGGAGCCGCUGAAUGCCCAAAAGCCAGCUGAAAAGAAAGAAGUAAAGGUGGUGAAGAACGGUGGAUUUGAUCACGAAUCUGGAUGGAUUGUGGACCGAACGGUGGACCGAGCAGAGCCCAAGCAAGAAAGAAAGUUCGAGGCAGAGGAAGAGGGGAAAGCCGAUUGGAAGGGUCGCAAGGUAAGUGAGCGAGAGGCUCCCAAGCCGGAGCCUGAACCGAAGAAGGAGUGGAAGGAGUGGGAGGAUUGGAAGGAUUGGAAGGACUGCGACCGCGGCGAGAGCAGUGGACUUGCACGCCGCGAGUUGUGGACCCAAGGCAGUCGGGACCGAGUUGGGACACACGAGUUCCGCGGCCCGGUGGCCGUUUCGUUGAGAGACACAGCGGAGUUCGAGACAGGGCGAAUCGUGGCGAAUCGCAAGGAAGGCCCACAGACCCUGAUCCGGCAGAUGUCGGAGGCCAUUCCCACAGUGGAAGCUGGUCAUUUGGCGAUGUCACAGUGGAGGGCUGCGCCGGAAAGAGUGCCCUUCAAGUCCUCGGAGCAGCCCUUCCGGGACAACUUGGGCUCCGUGGUGGUGCCCUGCAGCAGCGAGGACAUGUUGUUGGAGAAACCAGCUCAGUUGACCUUCAUCACGGACGAACUCCUUGAUGUCGAUCAUUGUGAGGAGCAAAUGAAAUCGGCGCUGAAAACAGGAAAUGUCCCUGCGGCUGUUGAGGCACUGGGUGCUCCAGCCGCACGCUUCCUGCUGGCGCCCAGCAACGGAGAACGAGAGAUGCAGGAGGAUUUCAAGAAGCUGGGUGUGAAACCCAUUGCGGACACCUUGCUGGCCAAGACCAAGCAAAAUGUCCAGCGGACGAUGGACAAUUUGGGCCUCAGCGGCAACCUGAAAAUUGAGGAGCUGCGGAGGUUCCUACAGAAGAUCGACCCGACGCUGACGGAGCAGGAAGUGAAUCAACUUCUCAAGGCCUCGCCGAAGUCUGAGCGUGGCAUGGAGCGCCUCAGGCGCCUUGAGGUGCCCGGGGCCGAAUUUAUGGAAUGGAUCCUCAACAGCCUCCAGCCGUGA